CUAAGCGAUUGUGGUGUUCUGUUCUUCGGUGUAAUAACGAACACAGCAGUCAUUUUGAUGUUCCUAAAUCUGAACCGCUGAAGACGCAGUGGCUGAGUUUUGUUUACGAUGGGAAUAUUCCCCACGAGCAACGUCAAUGCGCUCAUGUUUGCGCGAAUCAUUUUUCACCAGACUGCUUUAUAAACGAGGGUCAGUAUAAAGCUGGUUUUGCUAAGAAGCUGCUUCUGAAAAAACAUUCGGUACCAACUAUUUAUAUUCCCACUGCACCUCCAGAAGAAAUGUUCAUCAUGAGAGAGCAGGUGGAUGUGAUCUGCUGUAAAUCAGUAGGAACUGAUCUGUCCAUGCUGGAUAUUGAUGAUUUCAUCACAGAAAUCUCUCAGCUGAAGAAAGAGGUGACGUCACUGAAGACAAAACUGAAGGAGAGAGAACUGUAUUCAUCCUGCACCUGUUUUGAGCGAGUUAAAGUUGAGAUUGAGCUGGAAAAGGUUUCCUGUCAAUCUUCAGUGUGUGUGACUGAUGGGACCUCCACAGAAUGUCAGGAUUCAGUGUGGAGCGGCAGAGAUCAGUCCACACCACAGCAGCUGCUGGACAAACUCUCUGAACAGAGAUCCAGAGACACACAGGACUCACAGCUCACUUUACUCUGUUCUACUGAUGCUCAGGAGAGUGUGUGUGACAGUAAUCAGGGUGAUCAAACCUCCACAGAGUCUCUGACUUCUGUCUGUAACGCUGGAGAACAGCAGAUGCUGCAGACACCAGUGAAGAUUGAAGUGAAGCAAGAGGAGAUAAAAGAAGAAAACACAGCAGAGGAACAAAAUACUGAUGAAGAUGAUAAUGAACAGCAGAUGCUGCAGACACCAGUGAAGAUGUGUUCAGUGAAGCUGCUGGACUGCAGAAACCUGAUGAAGAUUAGAGGAGAAACCACCACAGAGGAACAACAGCGAGAUGAAGAUAAUUUUAUUCAUUCAGAGCUGAUGGAAGAGCAAGAGGAACAUCGAGAGCUGAAUAAACUUCAGUAUCAGAAACAUGAUUUAAUGACUGGAGCAAAAUCUUUGAGUGACACAAAGACUAAGAAGAAGUUCUCACUAAAGUCUCAAAGAAGAGCAUCAAAACAUUCUUUCACCUGCUCUCAGUGUGGAAAGAGUUUUACAUGUAAAAGAGAUCUUAAUGUCCACAUGAGAAUUCAUACUGGAGAGAAGCCUUACUUGUGCCAUCAGUGUGGGAAAAGUUUUACAUAUGCACAAGAUCUCAAGAUUCAUCUCCUCCGUCACACUGGAGAAAGACCAUUUGAAUGUGAUCAGUGCGGUAAAACAUUUGUUGUGGCAGCGCACCUAAAAACACACAUUAAAACUCACACAAAUAAGAAUUCUUACAAGUGUUCUUUUUGUGGAAAGAGUUUUGCUUACCGGUCAUAUUUUAAACAGCACCAGAAAAUACAUUACAGCAUUGGUGCUCCAAUGUGCUUUGAUUGUGGGAAGACCUUUACAACAACCAGCAUCUUGAACAAGCACCAAAGAAUCCAUACUGGAGAAAAACCUUACAAGUGUUCACACUGUGAAAAGAGCUUCACUCAGUCAGAAAGCCUGAAAAAACACGAGAGAAUUCAUACUGGAGAGAAAGUUCACAAGUGUUCACACUGUGAAAAGAGCUUCACUCAGUCAGUAAACCUGAAAACACAUGAGCGAAUCCAUACUGGAGAGAAAGUUCACAAGUGUUCACACUGUGAAAAGAGCUUCACUCAGUCAGUAAACCUGAAAACACAUGAGCGAAUCCACACUGGAGAGAAACCUUACAAGUGUUCACACUGUGAAAAGAGUUUCACUGUGCCACAAAACCUGAAAACACACGAGAGAAUUCAUACUGGAGAGAAACCAUACAAGUGUUCACACUGUGAAAAGAGCUUCACUGUGCCACAAAGCCUGAAAACACACGAGCGAAUCCAUACUGGAGAGAAAGUUCACAAGUGUUCACACUGUGAAAAGAGCUUCACUCAGUCAGUAAACCUGAAAACACAUGAGCGAAUCCAUACUGGAGAGAAACCUUACAAGUGUUCACACUGUGAAAAGAGUUUCACUGUGCCACAAAACCUGAAAACACACGAGAGAAUUCAUACUGGAGAGAAACCAUACAAGUGUUCACACUGUGAAAAGAGUUUCACUGUGCCACAAAACCUGAAAACACACGAGAGAAUUCAUACUGGAGAGAAACCUUACAAGUGCUCACACUGUGGAAAGAGUUUCACUCAGUUAGAACAUCUGAAAAAACACGAGAGAAUUCAUACUGGAGAGAAACCAUAAAAGUGCUCUUCAAGUGGGAGGAGAUUCAGCACAGCACGUCAUGUAGUUUCUCAAAUGAAAAUGUGUUUCCCAAAGUAAUCACAGAGAGAAGGACUUCUUCAGUUACAAUGCGUCAAUUAAAUAGUAAAAAUUUCAGAUAAUCCCAAAGAUGGCAUUUAGUCCAAUAAAAACAACAACUAAGAAGAGUCAUUUGCUAAAAUCACCUGUUGUGAAGUUUGGCCUUGUUCAACAAUAAUGUCCCAAUUCCUCCAGAUAUUAAGAUGGUGAUCCGAUCACAGGUGGUCUACACCAAAUAAAGGUGGAAACGGGGUCGAGAACUCCAUACGGAUGUGAGCAAGUGAGCAUCAUCCAAAACAGUGAUGUAACAUACAAAGAGACUGAAUGUGAUUCACCGGCAUCAUGAUGACAGAUGAGGUAACAUAAUUAAAAUUACAGUUAUGAUUGUUUUAUAACAAACAUUGAGACUGUAUAUUAUAUUUGACUCCAGUGUUGCAACAGGGCUAAAACUAAGUGUGGAUAUCGGUCUUACUCUGCGAGACUGUAGUUUGAAGUAAUCACUUUUCUUUGCAUGAUACAUUGACUGCAUUUAUACGAUAGCGUAUGUCAGUGUUGGCUAGCUAACCAGCUUUAUCAAUAUCUGUUAGCUAAAUUUGGUGGAUGAUGACAGUAACAGUUUAUAAAAUAGACUGUACAUUUAGAAAUAUGUUGACAAAAUUCAGUAUUAAUGCGAUUCCAUCACAACUGUAAUUUUGAUAUAUCGAUGCGCUGUUGUUUUAUAAUAAUAGAAUGUAUAUAUUUUCUGUAUAACCAAGUUACGUUACAGUAAUGAAU